CCGAGGCGUCUUCCCUUCUCCGUCAUCAGAUUCUCUCACCCUACCCGACGCUUCUUCUUCUUCUUCUUCUUCUUCAGAUUCUCUCUUUUAUUAGGGUUACCAAUUAUCAGCGAUCAAAAAUCGAUGGCCUCUCUCGAUUCAGACGUGAACAUGGUUCCCGCAGGAGAACCCUCAGCCCCUUCGUCUUCGUCUGCGAAGAAGGCGAAGAGAUUCGAAGUGAAGAAGUGGAGCGCCGUGGCUCUCUGGGCUUGGGAUAUCGUUGUUGAUAAUUGCGCCAUCUGCAGAAACCACAUCAUGGAUCUCUGCAUUGAAUGUCAGGCUAAUCAGGCUAGUGCGACGAGUGAGGAAUGCACUGUUGCUUGGGGGGUUUGCAACCACGCCUUCCACUUUCACUGCAUCAGCAGAUGGCUAAAGACUCGUCAAGUUUGUCCAUUAGAUAACAGUGAGUGGGAGUUCCAGAAGUAUGGUCACUAAACCAUCUAAUCGUACCAGCAAAUAUGUGUCUAAUCAAAGAUAUCAGGGUCAUUUGGUUGCCGCAUAUGAUGCUGAUAUCGCUCAAAGUUCUUUUGUUUUUUUUUUUUUAAUUUGGUUUGUCGCAAGUUGUCAAAACAGAGAUGUUACUCUUCACUGAACCUAUUAUGUUUUGCUUUGGGCGAUGUCUUUAAUUUCAAGAAAAUAUAUAGUUACUGCGGAGAAACUUUUAGUAGUAAA